AAUUCUCGAAGUCCCUGGAUGGAGAGGUCUUCCUCUCCAUGCUCCUUUUUCAGGAACAGCCUGGCACCAAAGCCAGUGCAACAGGACCGCCUCUAAGGAGGCUGGUCCAUAUGUUGCUCUGAGCGUCGCUCCUGGACCGAGGAGAGCCAGCCAUGGCAGAGGAGGUAUGGGUGGGCACCUGGAGGCCACAUCGUCCCCGGGGGCCCAUCAUGGCCCUCUACAGCAGCCCUGGACCCAAGUACCUGAUUCCACCUACCACGGGUUUUGUGAAGCACACACCCACCAAGCUGCGAGCACCGGCCUACAGCUUCCGGGGGGCCCCCAUGCUCCUGGCAGAGAACUGCUCCCCUGGGCCACGCUACAGUGUGAACCCAAAGAUACUGAGGACUGGCCAGGACCUCGGCCCCGCCUACUCCAUCCUGGGGCGCUACCGCACCAAGACCAUACUGACGCCGGGCCCUGGCGACUACUUUCCAGAGAAAUCUACCAAGUAUGUGUUUGACUCGGCACCUAGCCACUCCAUUUCUGCCCGGACCAAGACUUUCCGAGUGGAUAGCACCCCAGGCCCUGCCGCCUACAUGCUGCCCAUGGUGAUGGGGCCCCACACUGUCGGCAAGGUUUCCCAGCCCUCCUUCUCCAUCAAGGGCCGCAGCAAGCUGGGCAGCUUUAGCGACGACCUGCACAAGACCCCAGGUCCUGCAGCCUACUGGCAGACCGACAUGCAGGUGACUAAGUUCAAGGCUCCACAGUACACCAUGGCUGCCCGGGUGGUGCCCCCAGGGGACAAGACCCUCAAGCCAGGACCAGGAGCCCACAGCCCUGAGAAGGUGACAGUGACCAAGCCCUGCGCCCCCAUCAUCACCUUCGGCAUCAAACAUUCCGACUACAUGACACCCCUGGUCGUGGACGUGGAAUAGCCCUAGCCCCCACUCCACCCAUCCCCUGCGCCUCUGCACAUCACGUUCCCACAACAGAUUCCCUGGACUGUGGGCCUGGGCCACCUCUACCAGCUGGGCUGCGGCUGGCCUACCCUACAGAGUAGAGCACGCUCGUUGGACAAUUGUGACCAGUUAUUUUUUCUAUGCUGCUUUCCUAUUUGCUAAUCCUGUUUCCUGCUGUCCCCAAAUAUUUAAUAAACCACAGA